GAUACUCUGGGUCCUGAGUUGUAAAUAUGCUUUUUGGCGCUCAAGCAGUAAAACCCUACUCUUUAGGAAGCACUGAAGUGCUUGAAUCGUUGUCAUCGCGUAAGUGUAGCAGAUCAAUCGGAGUUCUGAUUUGGGACGAAAAAUGUCUGGAUUAAGACUCUUCACCGUCAGAAACAGUGCCGGAGAACCAGUCCUAGACGCUGGUAACGGUGAGGAACUAGUGCAUGUAAAACCCGCCGUAUCCCUUGUGCUCGGCAACCACCUUCCUCUAUGCCCUGGAACUCUUUACAUCACGACCAGGCAAGUGGUAUGGUUGAGCGAUACAGACAAAGAAAGAGGCUAUGCGGUCGAUUUCUUUCAUAUUUCACUUCAUGCUGUGUCAAGGGAUCCAGAAGCUUACCCCUCUCCUUGUUUAUAUGCCCAGAUUGAUAUUGGGGAUGAGGAUGAUGACUUAGAGGGCACUGACAGUGAGCAUAAUGAAACAUUAGAUCUAUCGAAGAUCACUGAGAUGAGGCUCGUUCCAUCAGAUCCUAAUCAAGUGGAAGAGCUGUUUCAGUUUUUUUGUGAAUGCGCGGAGUUAAAUCCUGAACCUAUUGAAGAGGAGGAGGAACAAGAGCACAAUUGGAUUUUUAGUGCUGAGCAGUUAGAAAACGAGACAGCUGACGAGAUUGAAUCUGAAUGGAUGAAUAGCUCAAUUCCAAUUGGUUGUUCUAAUGGAGAUGACCUAUCUCAUGCAGUGCUUCAGCUUCAAGUUAAUGAUAAUCGAUUUGAGGAUGCUGAAGAGAUGGAUAGUGAUGAUAUUAACCAACAUAGAGGAUCUGCUACCUAGUAGAAACUACAUACUACGAUUUAAUAUCAUUCUUGCUAUUAGUACCAUGUAACAUUUCUGUUUGUUAGUAUUGAUGACAUGGAGUCAUGGUGUAUGCCAAUUACUAAUUUAACAGAAGCAAGUAGAGUUUGCAGUUCAUAUUUGACAGAAUUGCCCCUUCAGUUUUUUUUAGCUUUGAAAGUCUGUUGUGUAAUCCAAGUAUGUUGUGCUUUGAUAGCAGCAUCCUCUUUAGCUUUGAAAGUCUGUUGUGUAAUCAACAUUCUCCAAAUAAUGUGCAAGAUAUAAAGUAGGCUCCAAACUUGUUUUGGUAACAUGACAGUUUCACAAACAAAGGGUAUUAAUGUUUAGACAACAUGAUUUGAAGCA